UCCAAUUGCGUGUUUGGUGCAGGAAACUGCCGUUUACCCCCAUCUUUGACAAGCCGCUUUACUCGCUCGAGACGCACUCUACUCUCUCUCACUGCUUCAAAACAGCCUGCGCAAACCUCUGAGUGCCGACGCGCGAGCAAAGAUGCCCAAAGGUCUCUAUCCGCUGCCACGGCAUCACCAAUAUGGUGGAAAGCCGAGAGUUGUCUCGCUCAACUCCAAUCACUUCAGUGAUGACUUCGUCAACGACUUCAAGACAAAGGAUAUGCCCAAACCAGUUGAGUCACGCCCCGAUAACCACAAGCAGGAGAGCCUAGGCAAAGCAGAGUACGAAACGCCCAAGAAGGACAAAAAGGACAAGAAACGCAAGAAGAAGAGUAUUGUCUCUGGUGACAUCGAUGCCACUGAGAUAGUGCAGAGUGACGACAUGAACUUCACAACACCUGACAAAGCCAAAUCUGAGAAGAAGCAGAAGAAGCAGACGAAGGCGGGCAAGAAGCUUGACGAGUCUGGCAAGAAGCCUUACUCCUCGAAGAAGGAGAAAAAGAAGGAACCAGAGAAGCAAGAGAAUCAGGCUCAGGUGACGGAGACUGUGAAUUCCGAGCCGAAGAAGAAGAGGAAGAGGAAGAGGAAGAGGGAUAGCGAAGCCGACGCAUUGACCGAGCUUGCCGUACGCAAUGAUACAGCCGGUGAUAACGGACUGUUCCCUGACGACGAGUUUGUCCAGCAAAUUGCGGACCUGUUCGCGGGUGACAAUGCAGUCAAAACGCUAUCUCCUGAGAAGCCAGAAGUCCCCGAGAAGAAGAAGAGGAAGUCGAGCGCCAAAAAGCAGAAGAUCCAGUCCGAAGCUGAACGUGACGGCAUUAGCGCCAACGCAACACAGACGCCCUCGAAAUCGCCAAAGGUGAAGAAACUAAAGAGCGCUGUCAAUGAGAGUCUCAACACGAAAGAAGACCCGGGUGCUCAAAGCACGGCGAUGCAUAGCGCGCCAUCUGUUGCUGCGACUUCAUCUAUCGCCACCGCACCUAGUCCGACAAAGCAGCCAAAAUUUUCAGAAAAGACUCCCAUCCCUCCACCUAAGAACAGUGCUCUUCUCUCCAGUUCGCAGCCCGUCCAGCUUCAGAAGAACGAAAAUAUUCUUGUACCAGAGACUCCACCCUCCCAAAGGUCUCGCAAGUCAAACAAGGCCUUCAACCUGACCCCUGUGCCUUUCAAGCUAUAUCAACAGGACGGGUCUGCUUCGGUUGGCCGUCCUCUGUUUUCCACACCAUCUUUCCAGAGCAGUGGCGCAACGCCAAUGUCUGCCCCGGCUGCGAUCACAAAGGGGAAGAUGCCUGUCCCAGUGCCUAGCGUUCCCAAUGCUCUUACGAACGCCAAUCUCACUAAGCACACUGGCACCGAGCCUUUGAACGAUGACCCCAAGCCGAGGCCUCGUGCUAAAGGAGCUUCUUCAGCGGCCGAAUCUACAGGAUCUUCUUUGAGCAUCAAAGAUAUGUUUGCUCGCGCUAGUAAGCGGCAAUCAAAGGGUGACAUGGCAGAGGACGACCCCAUCGUCGAUCAAUUGCCCUCCAAAGCACCGAAAGAGAAGCAGAAGGAGCUCUCGAUGAACAAAUUCAACACCCAAUUCACUGAACUUCAGUCGUCGAUCGACUUCAUCAAUGAACAAAACUAUCUGGAAGAAUAUCUCAACUGGGACCACGCUAAUGCAGACAACGCGUUGCCUUGCCUGGGAAAAGCAACCGGCUGUACCUCCAAGAAAGAAGAGAUCUUGCGCCUGAGCCGGGAGGAGAACCUCGAUCUACUAAGCCACAUGGACGGUGCCGUAGGAAUGGAAGGCAUCAAUCCCGACGUUCUACACAAGGCCGGUGCGGGCGCUCGCAACGCAGAAGAGCUCUUGAUGCUCUCUAUCCGCGCUUCGGUCCCAGUACCUAUCGGCAGCCUUGAGGGAACAUGGACACUUUACUGCCCCAAGUAUGCCGAAUCGCACUUCGACCGUUAUGGAUACGGUCAGCGUACUCUCAUCAUAUCGCGCAUUGCCGGCUUCAAUCACCGACACUCGUAUACGGCGCGUCUCAAGGUUCCCCCUCGUACUAUGCUGUACUCGGUCCUGGGGUUCCAGACACCUCCACAUGCGUCUUUCCGCGCGACCGUGAUCCAGACAAGCUCUGAAGGAUACAAUAUGGAGGUUAUAUUCCUUGGAAAUGGAUAUUUGACUUUGAGGGUUGACUUGAUGGAGUUAUUGCAGGGAAGGCCGAAGGAGAAGGUCGACGGGAAGCAGUCGUACAUGGAGUUCAUUGGCGUUCACGAGAAUGCUGUGAACUGGUGGAAUGACAAGGAUACGGAGGACAAGGUUUCUAAGAGGGUCAGCGAAGGAGCUUGA